AUGGCGCAAAACAACGGAGAGGCUGGCUCGAAGACUGACCCGUCUCUACAACGUACUACAGAAAUGCAAGAGAAAACGAACAUCAACGGCGAUCUGCCUCCCCCUCCGCAUACCAUCUUCGACACCAUACUCGUCCUUGAUUUCGGCUCGCAAUACACCCACCUCAUCACCCGCCGACUUCGCGAACUCAAUGUCUACUCCGAGAUGCUCCCAUGCACCCAGAAGGUCAAGGACUUGCCAUUCAAGCCAAAAGGCGUGAUCCUCUCAGGAGGGCCAUACUCCGUUUACGCGCCUGACGCGCCGCACGUGGAUCCAGAUGUGUUCGCUCUCGAUGUGCCGAUCUUGGGCAUCUGCUACGGACUGCAGGAGCUGGCCUGGCAUCACGGCAAGGACGUGCUCGCAGGAGCGAAGAGGGAGUACGGACAUGCUGCGCUGCAACUGGAGAAACAUGUGGGCAAGGAAGCGCACGUGAGCAAGCUGUUCGAGGGUCUGCCGGAUGAGAUGGACGUGUGGAUGUCGCACGGUGACAAGCUCGGUCGGUUGCCGGACGGCUUUGUAACCGUUGCAACAUCUGCGAAUUCUUCCUUUGCCGGGAUCGCGCACGAGAGCAAGGAGUACUACGGCGUACAAUUCCAUCCGGAGGUUACGCAUACCCCUAGAGGUGUCGAGGUGAUCAAGAACUUCGCGGCCAACAUUUGCAAGGCGCGACAAGACUGGACAAUGGAGGCAUUCGUCGACAAGGAGAUUGCACGGAUACGAGGGCUUGUCGGCGACAAGGGACAAGUCAUCGGUGCUGUGAGCGGAGGCGUCGAUUCGACAGUCGCUGCCAAGCUGAUGCAGGAAGCCAUCGGAGACCGGUUCCACGCUGUACUGGUCGACAAUGGCGUACUAAGAAAAGACGAAGCCAAGACAGUUGAGAAAACGCUGACAGCAGGCCUCGGCAUCAACCUGACGGUACUAGACAAAAGCCAGCUCUUUCUGGGUCUCUUGAAGGAUGUUACAGAUCCAGAAAAGAAGCGCAAGAUCAUCGGCAACACUUUCAUCGAGUGCUUCCAAGAAGAGGCAGAGAAGAUUGCAAAGGAGGCUGAAAAUACACCUCGAGCAGGGAAGAUAGAAUGGUUCCUCCAAGGCACGCUGUACCCGGACGUCAUCGAAUCGAUAUCCUUUAAAGGCCCUAGUGCCACCAUCAAGACACACCACAACGUUGGCGGUCUCCCAGAGAAGAUGCGGCUCAAGCUCAUUGAGCCUCUGCGCGAACUCUUCAAAGACGAAGUGCGUGAGCUCGGCACAAGUCUCGGCAUUCCUGAAGACCUCGUCUGGCGCCACCCCUUCCCCGGUCCUGGCAUUGCUAUCCGCAUCAUUGGCGAAGUCACGCCUGAGAAGGUGCGGAUCGUUCAGGAGGCGGACCAGAUCUUCAUCGAGGAAAUUCGGAAAGCUGGACUGUACCAGCAGAUCAGCCAAGCGUUUGCCGCUCUGUUCGAAGGCAAAGCCGUGGGUGUCGUGGGCGAUCAGCGGUUGCAUGGCCAUGUUGUCGGGCUACGCGCUGUGCAGACGACCGACUUCAUGACAGCAGACGCGUUCGAGUUCGAGUGGAAAGUGCUCAGGCAGGUGCGGAACCGGAUUGGUAACGAGGUGGAUGGUGUGGCGCGUGUGUUCUACGAAAUUUCGAGCAAGCCUCCAGCGACCAUCGAGCUUGAGUAG